AUGGAUUCCUCAUUGAAAUUAGGUUCAUAUGAUCCAAUAAAUGCAAAUGAAUAUUCAAUGUCAGAACCACGAGAACAACAUCCACAUGUAACAAAAACUGAAUAUUCUCCUAUUGGUUCAUCGCGUAAACUUAAAUUAUUGCUUCAACGUUCACUUCGAUAUUCAUAUCGGCAACGAUGUUGUCGAUGUUGUCCAACAAUACUUUGUGAACUUUUAUUUCCAUUUAUUCUUAUUGGAUUAUUAGCUUUAAUACGUUAUGUAGCUAAUGCACACAAAAAUUUGUAUCAUCAUCAAUGUUCACAAAAUCGUGAUACAACAAUAACAACAAGUUUAUCAGCAGAUUUAAUAAAAAAUUGUUUUAAAUUUCAACCAUAUGAUGAAAGCGAUGGAUUUAUGUUUUGGUAUUUAGAAAUAUUUUCCCGCAUAACAAAUUUUGUAUUUCAACCAAUAACAAAUGAUACGAAUGUUCUUGUUGAACGUGCGAAAACACGUUUGAAAAAUAUAAAUUGUACAAAUAUAAAAGUUUGGAAUCAAAAUAUGGAUGAUAAAAGUUUUAGUCAUUUAUUACAAAAUGAAACAGAAAACGUAGUUAUUAUUGAUUUUAAUUCAACAUCUAAUUUAAAAAAUGGGCAUAAUCUUGAUUAUAAUAUAAUGGUUGCAAUGCCAAGUAUUCUUCGUAAAAAUGAUCCAGUUGAUCUAUCAUUUCUAUCAUUUUCACAUCCAACAUUUAUUCGUGAUCGAUCUAAGACAUAUGAUAGUUAUAGUGCUAGUUUUGAAGAUUUAAGAUUACCCGAAUUUAGUGAUGUAAAAAUAUUUAUUGAUUCAUUACUUAUUGGUUAUCAAACAAAUAGAAAUAUUGAAUUUGAAAUUCAAAGAAAACCUAUAACAUGUACGCCAUAUCGUCAAGAUUUGCUUUUUGAAUCAGGACCACCAUACGUAACAACAGUAUUAAUGUUUAUUGAUUUUGUAUAUUUUAUUCCAUAUUUAAUUCUUCUAACCAGUUUAAUUCGAGAAAAAAAUACUAAAGUUAAGGAAAUUCUUAAAUUACUUGGAAUUGAGCCUAUUUUAAAUAAUUUUGUUCAAGCAAUUCGAACAUUAUUUAUUAUUUGUUUUUUAACUAUAUUAUUAUGUAUUAUGUAUAAAUUAAAAUUAAAUCCUGAUGCAUAUUUUAAUACAGUUAAUUUUGGUGUUCUUUUCAUUGGGUAUUUUAUAUAUGGUUUACAAUUAAUAUCAUUUUGUAUCAUGAAUGCACAAUUAUUUGAUAAAAGUGUUCGUGCAGUAUUCGGCACUUUAUUCAUAUAUGCUCUAUCAAUAUUUAUAUACCCAUUUAUUAUUGUAUGGCCUACAGCGAUACAAUAUAUAUUCAUAUUUCUUAAUCCCUAUAUUGCUGGACGUUCGAUUUUUCGACAAGCGAUUUUACAUGAGUUAGCGUAUAAAGAUGUAGCAUUAUUUCAAACAAUUUACCGUCAUGUACCAGUGUAUUUUGUGGCAUUGAUUAUUAUGAUUGUUAGUUGUGUUUUCUAUUGGAUUUUAUCUUGGUAUUUGGAAAAAGUUUUACAAGCUGAUGUUCCAUCAGCUAAAUUAAAAGAACAAUAUGGAUCAGGCUAUAAAUUGGUUAUUAAUAAACACAGUAGUUGUCGUACAAAUGAUAUUAAAGCUGAAUUACGUAAUUAUUUACCAGAAUUAAAAGUUGAAACAGAUAUAUUUGGUGGUGAUGUUGUUUUUCGUACAAAUCAACAACCAAAUGAUCAAUUUGUUCAAGCAUUACAUCAUCUUGAAUCAAUGAAAAGAAAUCAUCGAAUUAAUAAUUAUGGAGUACAAAAUAGUACUAUGGAUGAUGUAUUCUUAAAAAUUACAAGAGAUACAGAAGUUAAAAAUGGUUCAGGAUCAACAUCCCUUUAUACUAAUACGAUCGAAAAACAAUGUCGUCAUGUAUUUCAUCGUCAACGUUUUCUUUCCGGUCCUCAUUAUUAUUUAAGUCAAUUGCAUGGAUUAUUAGUAAAAACUGUGCUUGUUCGUUACCGUCGUUGGGGAUUAACACUUAUUAUUUUAUUAUUACCAAUUUUAUAUAAUCUUUUAUCAAAUUUAACAUCUCAAAGUCAAAAUGAUACAGGAAUUUUUAAAAUGAAUUUCAAUUCUCUUAAUCCACAAACAAUUUUAUAUCAUACAGAUCCAAGUAUGAAUAAAUCGUUUCUUGCAUCUAUUAAUGGUGCAAACCAUGAAAAAGGGCCAGAAAAUAUAUAUGAAAUGAAUGAAAAUAUUUGGCAAAAACGAAUGGAUCGUCUAUAUACAUAUACAGAUAUUUAUCUUGGUUUUAAUAUUCCUGCACCAAGUAGAGAUAAAUAUAAAAUUGAAGCAUUAUCAUCAAAUUUAAUAUCAGGUUAUGAAGUUAUAUCUAUUGCAUCAAAUACAUUCUAUAAACAUGCAUUAAAUGAUUCAAAUGCAUCGAUUCAAACAACACUUGUCUAUAAAAAUACAAGAAAUUCUACUGAAAAACUAUGGAAUGCUAAUCAAUUUAAUUUAUUAAAUAUGCCAUUAUGUUUUGAAAAAGUAUUACCAUCAUUACUAUUACCUGAUUUAUUUGUAUUCCAUAUUUUAUUCUUUUACAUAACUAAGUUUUCAAUCAGUGAACGAAAGGAUGGCUUUUUAUCACUAUUGAAUAUUAGUGGUUUACAUCCAGCAUCAUAUUGGUUAUUUACUUAUCUAUUUGAUAUGAUAAUAUCUACUAUAUGGUUAUGUUAUCUACUUGCAAUUUAUUGUAUAUUUUAUGUUGCUUUUGAGGAUCUGCUAAAAAAGAAAUCUUCAUCACAAAAUGUAGAUAAAUUUCUUAGUUCAUGGGAUUUACGUAUACAAUUUUAUCCAUUAUCAAUUUUGAUAGCAUUACCAACAUUACCAUUUGCUUAUUUAUUAACAAAACUUUUCAAAAAUGAUAUUCUGGGUGGCAUAACCAUAUGUUUUAUCUUAAUAAUUCUUCAUUUGAUAAGUAUUAGUUCUCCAGUUGUAACAAGAAGGAUUAGAAGUACAUCUGUUCAAAAACUUUUAUAUUGGCUAUUUAAUAUCAUAUGUCCAACUAUGAAUUCAGAAGCUAUAAUAACUUAUAUCUUAGCACGUAAAAGUCAAUUUUGUAAAGUAGUGAUUGCACAGUUUACAGACGACGAUCGUGUUACAUCACUUUUUAAACCUAUUCGUGAUGAUAAAAUUGGUUGGAAUAUAAUCAUUCUUGUUUUACAUAUAGUUGUAUUGUUAUUCUUAUUAAUUAUUAUUGAUAGUGGUUUAUUACAAUUUUCAUUUUCAUGUUUCUAUAAAUCAAAUUUUAAUGAAAAUACUCUUGAUGAUGAUGUUUUAACUGAACGUCAUCGAGUUUUAGGAAUACAAACACAUACAUUCGAAGAUGAAGAAAAUGUUGAUCAUUUAACAGUUAAAAAUCUUGUUAAAUAUUAUUCAAGAAGAAAACUUUUAGCUGUUGAUCAUUUAACAUUUAGUGCAAGACGUGGAGAAGCAUUUGGUUUACUUGGUUAUAAUGGUGCUGGUAAAACAACAACAUUUCGUACUGUCGUUGGUGAUAUAAUAUCAACAUACGGCACAACUUAUAUAGAUGGACAGAGUGUUCGUCGUCGUAUAAGAUCUACACGUCAUUUAGGUUAUUGUCCACAACAAGAUUGUAGUAUGGAUUAUCUAACUGUCCGAGAUAGUCUUUAUCUAUUAGCACGUAUACGUGGUGUUAAAACAUCACGUUUAAAAUCAAUUGUUGAAACAAUGAGUUCAUUAUUCUUACUUGAUCCUUUUCUAAAUAAUUAUAUUCAUCAAUUAAGUGGUGGAACAAAACGUCGAUUACAUACUGCUAUAGCAUUAAUUGGACCACCAUCAGUAGCUAUACUUGAUGAACCAACAACUGGUGUUGAUCCAAAUGCACGAGAACAAAUGCAAGAAAUAUUUUUAAAUGCUGUUAAAGCUAAAUUAACUAUUAUUUUAACAAGUCAUUCAAUGGAUGAAUGCGAACGUGUCUGUAAUCGUCUUGGUAUAAUGGUUCGUGGUCAAUUAGCUUGUCUAGGUACAAUUCAACAUUUAAAAUCGAAAUUUGGUCGAGGUUAUACAAUUGAAAUUAAAGUUCGUACAACUCCUGAAGAUACAAAUACGUUAAUAAUACAAAAUGUUCAAAGAUUUUUAUUAUCACAACGACAAUAUCAAAUUGAAGUUAAAGAAACAACACAUUCAACAGGUUUGUUUCAAUGUGGACAAGGUACACCGGCUGAAUUAUUUCAAUUAAUCGAAGAAAAUAAACAACAAUUAUAUAUUGAAACAUAUACAAUAUCACAAACAACACUUGAACACGUAUUUUUAUCAUUUGGAAAACAAAUUCAAACUAGCACGAAUGAAUAA